GAUUCUCUUCUUGUUUUGUCUUGUUCUUGUCUUCAUCUGCGAGCUAUUGGGGGUUUGACACCGGUAUCCAGACAAGAACUCCUCACAAUGGGUGCCUCAUCCCCAGCUUUGUCUGCCCUCAGCGGCCCUACCUAUGUGACUGCCCAGACGCUCAUCCAGCAGGUGGCAUACCUCCUCAGCGAUAAGAUCUUCGCUUACUCUCCUGAGUCAUUCGACCUGGAUGCUGCUCUCCGUCAGUGGGCUUCCAGCCAGGAGACCAACGCCAAUGGCGAAUCUCCCGAGUUCAAGUCUUUGGAAACUCGCCAGGGUGCCGGUAACAUCGCUCUCGGGUAUAUCUUCUCUCAAGACUUCGACUUGAAGAAGCGCCACAUCCCUCAGGGUAUUGUCGCCUCUUCGGCUACCCUCCCCUACAUGCGCGCCGCCUUGGAGCAACUAUCCCUGCUCUACUCAGUGGCUAGUCCUGUGGCUGCCCAUGUUGCUGCCGUCGACUAUUCUGGCGAAGAGGGCCUUGUCUCCGACUAUGCCACUGCCCUCUCCCUCGCCGAGGAACUUGGUUUGGGCCUGGUGUCCAGCGCCUCUGCCCACGAAUCGCAGCACAUGGCCCUCCUGACCACGCUGCUUGCCUCUGUUCUGCCUUCCGUUCACAUCUAUGACGGUGUCCGCGUUGGCCGGGAGCACACUCGUGUCAUCGACAUCCUCGACCAAGCUGGUCUUGCUCGCACAUACGAAUCUGUCCGUAAGACACUUGAAGACUCCCGCAGCCGUCAUCUCGACAACCAGGGCAAGCUUUUGGAGCUCCUUCAGUCCUUGAACGGUGAGCUCGGAACCGACUAUGGUCUUUUCGAGUACCACGGUCAUGCCGAGCCCGUCUCCGUUCUGGUGGCUUUCGGUACAAUUGAGGCAUCCCUCACUGCUCAGAUUGCCCGCUCCCUUUCCAAGGACGGUGUGCGUGUCGGUGUCAUCAACGUCCGUGUCUACCGCCCCUUUGUCGAAGAAGAGUUCUUGCGCGUGCUGCCCAAGUCCGUCAAGACGGUCGGUGUUCUGGGACAAGUCUCCAACGAGCAGGCUGUUCAGGAACAAGGUGUUCGUUCGGCCCUCUAUGAGGACGUCCUUGCUGCCCUCACUUUUGCCACCGACCGUGAGCAGACCCCUACUUGCGUCGACAUCAAGUACCCCCGCGCUCAGCGUUGGGACCUGAUCAACACCGCCGCCGCGUUCCAGCUUAUUCACGAGAAGCCUAUUGUUCAGGCCGGUGCUGAGACCGAGCCUCUUCAGCUUCUGGACCCAUCCGCUGUCCAGGAGUACUCCUUCUGGGACACUGACAACUCCGCGGGUGGUGAUGUCGCAACUGUCCUCUCUCAAGCUUUGGCUGCCGAUUCUGCCAGCAAUGUUACUACCAGCAAGGCUCACGACAACCUGAUCCAGGGUGGAGUUGUCCGCGUCGAUAUCCGCAAGAGUUCCAAGAUUUUGGAUGCUCCUUAUGCCGUCACUGCCGCUGACACCACCUACGUCGGCGACAUCAAAUUGUUGGGAGAUAUCGACGUGGUUGCCUCCGUCAAGACCGGCGGCAAGAUCAUUGUCAACGCACCUGGCGCUAAGGAUGACGAGCUGGAGAAGAAGUUGCCUGUGUCUUUCAGACAAGCGAUUGCCGAGCGCGGAGUCUCCCUUUACUUCGUUGAUCCUUCCGCUGCCGGAGAGUCUGUCGCCGAGUCCGCUGUUCUUCAGGUCGCCUUCUUACGUGUGGCCCUGCCCUCUCAAGAGUCGGUUGGCAUCAAGAAGCUGGCCUCAAUCGUCGACAAUGCCAAUGCUUUGGAGACUGUCAGCAAGGACCUCGAGAAGGUCCUUCGCCAGAUCGAAGUUCCUGAGUCCUGGAUGACCCCCGAGGAGGGAUCUCAGGUUCCUCAGUUGCCCAAGGACAUCUCUCCCAACAGCUUCGCUGCAUUCGACAAGGAGGAGAGCGAGCCUGCUUCCUACCUCAAGAACUGGGAGGCCGCCGCCAAGGGCCUGGCCUUCAAGGAGGCCUACGGUACCCAGACUGUUCUCCGUCCUGACCUUGCUACCAAGACGUUCACCGUUCAUGUCAAGGAGAACAGACGGCUGACUCCCGUGACUUAUGACCGUAACAUUUUCCACAUCGAGUUCGAUCUUGGCGAUUCUGGCCUCAAGUACGACAUUGGCGAGGCACUUGGCGUCCACGCCGAGAACGACGCCAACGAUGUUCUGGAGUUCAUCCAGUUUUACGGUCUCAACGCCGAUGACAUCGUUGAGGUGCCCAGCCGUGAAGACCCCGCCGUUCUCGAGAACCGCACCGUCUACCAGGCGCUGGUCCAGAACCUUGACAUCUUCGGUCGCCCUCCCAAGCGCUUCUACGAAGCCCUUGCCGAAUUCGCCAGCGAUGAGAAGGAGAAGAUCGACCUCCGCACCCUCGGUGGCCCCGAAGGAGCUGUCGAGUUCAAGCGCCGCGCCGAGGUCGACACUGUCAGCUUUGCCGACAUUCUCCUGGAAUACCCCUCGGCCCACCCUGACUUCCACGACCUGAUCCGCAUCGUCGGCCCCAUGAAGCGUCGCGAGUACUCGAUCGCCUCGUGCCAGAAGGUGACCCCCACCACCGUGGCUCUUAUGAUCGUCGCCGUGACCUGGACCGACCCGCGUGGCCGGGACCGCUUCGGCCAGGCGACUCGCUAUCUGAGCCGCCUGCAGCCUGGCACGCCUGUCACCGUCAGCGUCAAGUCCAGUGUGAUGAAGCUGCCGCCCAAGUCCACGCAGCCGCUGAUCAUGGCCGGUCUGGGAACCGGUCUUGCGCCCUUCCGUGCCUUUGUCCAGCACCGCGCUCUCGAGAAGGCCCAAGGCAAGGAGAUCGGUGCUGUCCUGCUGUACAUGGGCUCCCGCCACCAGCGCGAGGAGUACUGCUACGGUGAGGAGUGGGAGGCCUACCAGGCGGCCGGGGUCAUCACCGUCCUCGGUCGCGCCUUCUCUCGCGACCAGCCCGAGAAGAUCUACAUCCAGGACCGCAUGCGCCAGACCCUGCCCGAGAUCGUCCAGGCCUACAUCCGCGAGGAGGGUGCCUUUUACCUGUGCGGUCCCACGUGGCCCGUGCCCGACGUUACCGCCGUCCUCGAGGAAGCCAUCGCCAUCGAGGCGAAGAACCAGGGCAAGAAGGUCGAGCCCCACAAGGAGAUCGAGAAGCUCAAGGACGAGGAACGGUACGUCCUCGAAGUGUACUAGAUUUCUGUUGACGAUAGGUAAUGGUUGGCGGAGAGGGGGGAUUGUAAAAAGGAUGAUGCGCUGUCUUGUACAUUUUCAAUCACACACGAGGGUCACCUGAUGACACGGCCGGCCCCUCCUGUUUGAGUUUAGCGCUUCCGUUGUAUUUAGAACAUCCA